AUGAUUAAGUCAACUAUAAGUUUGUUGGAAACUUCACCAUCUGAUCAUAUCCUACCAUCACAUUCAAUUCAAACUGAAUCAAACUUGGAAUCACCCAACAGGAAUGAACAAAUCGCUUCAGAAGGUAACAGACAACGAGUAUUAUUAGUAGAUGGCCUUGAUGGAUCAACGAAUAGUUUGAAACCUUUUGAAACAAUAAAUUCGAAUGAAAUGAUUAGAAAAGCUAUUGGAAUUUCUAAAAACUUUUCCACUUUCAAAUGUACAGCUGAUCAUCAUGAAAAGUUUCAUGGUCAAAAUUAUUGA